GUACUCCGAGACUUCAGCGCACAUGAUGCCAGCGCCUUCUGCUGGGCCUUCAGUGUCUUGGGCUGUCCCGAUGCGCGGCUCUUCGAAGAAAUGGCACAUCACUUGGACCAGGGCGGCGCUCUGCGCCGCCUGAGCUUGCCUUUAGCAGCAGAGCUGGCAUGGGCCUGGGCACAGGCUCGUGUGGAGGCUCCCAGUGCCUUCCAGACCCUUGAGGAGCUUUGUGUGUCAAACAUCGAGAGUCUGGAAACCGAGGAUGUGUGUGGCUUCGCCUGGGCCUUUGCCACCGCAGAUCGUGCCCAUGCGGCCACUCGGGAGGGUACCUUCCGGGCGCUGCAAAGCUAUGCCGAGAGGUAUGCAGGCCGCUUCCGCCCCGCAGAAGUUCGCGUCUUGUGCUGGGUGCUGGACAGCCGAUCCUUGCUGGGCCCCCGGCUGCGUAGCCGAGCGGAGCAUCUGGAGAGCGGGCAGACGCAGUCAAUGGCACAAGAUGGCUAUACUGCCACGGUGGUCAUAGGCUGUGGUGACUGUCAAGAAACCCAGAAGACUUUCCAGCUAAAGCCUGGGCGGAAGAACAAGGUGAUCCGUGUGGGUCGCAGUACACACAGCGAUCUCCUCUUUGGGAAUCCCAGUGUGUCAUGGCACCACAUGAACAUCACGCUCAACAGAGGGAGCAAAAGUCAAGGCAUCGCGCCCCACGUCACCGUCAAGGACCUCAGCUCCAGCGGCUCCGCUGCCAAGGUGAAGGGCAGAGGAUGGUGCCGAUUGGCGAAGGAGGUUGACCAUCAAAUAGACAGUGGCACGAUUUUUGCCUUGCCUUGCAGGAUAAAGCCGAAGGCAGGGGAAGAUCUGGAUAAGGCGCGCUGCACCUUUGCGGUGUACUUCUUUGAGGAGGAGCCUGGAGGUGGCUGGAAAGCGCCCAAGAUCACCUCGCAGGAGUUCGCGGAGCUGCACACCGUGCCCAUUUGGGACACCGGCGAACCAACACCCUUCGUGAAGCCGUCAGUCGAGGUGGAAGCGAAG